AUGCAGGCUGAGGCCCAGCAGCAAGGACAGGACACACGCCAAGGCGCCUACUUCUCCCAGGAGCCUGAGGACCAGGUGGUGGUGGCUGGCCAGGCCGUGACGCUGCCCUGCGUGAUUGUGGGCUACCAGGGCAUGGUACAGUGGACCAAGGACGGGCUGGCCCUGGGUGGAGAGCGAGACCUUCCAGGCUGGGCACGCUAUUGGCUGGCGGGGGCAGCUGGGGCGGGGCAGCAUGGGCUCAGCAUCGCAGCGGCUGAACUGGGCGACGACGCAGAGUAUGAGUGCCAGGCCACACAGGCUGCCCUGCGCUCCCGGCCUGCCCGCCUCACAGUGCUGCUGCCCCCCGAGGAGCCGGUGAUUGAAGAGGGGCCGCGGGUGCCAGUCCGGGCGGGGCGGGCCCAGAACCUGACAUGCCGGGCAGGGGGCGCGAGGCCAGCCCCCGAGCUCCGCUGGGCCCGUGAUGGGCAGCCCCUCACUGGCGCCCUCUACGCCAAGCACCCCCGCAGCCCCAGCGGGCCGGCAGGUCACAGCCACCCUCGACGUGCAGUGGCAGAGAGGACCCAGGCGGCACUUGAGGGGGGGGAAUCCUGGGGGGGGCACCAUGAGGGCCCAGCCCCCCCCACUGUGGUCCUGUCCGUGGAGCCCCCAACAGUCCCUGAGGGGGGCAAAGUCCGCUUCCUCUGCGAGGCCACGGCCAACCCCCAAGUGACCUCCUACCGGUGGACAAAGGGGGGCGUGGCCAUCGCAGGGGCCGAGGGCCCAAGCUAUGAGGCAACGGUUGACCACUCGUUCUUCACCCAGCCCGUGUCAUGCGAGGCUGCCAACGCCGCUGGAGCCACCAACAUCACCACCCUGGUGGAUGUACACUUCGGGCCCCGCCCGCCCAUCAUUGAGCUGGACCCGGGGCAGCCAACAGUGCCAGGGGCCUGGGGGCGGCUGGAGUGCGUGGGGGGCAGCUCGCCACCCCCUGACCGCAUCGCAUGGGCGUGGGGCGAGCGGGCAGUGGCACUGGAGGCCGGGCCCGGGCGGUUCGUGGUGGACACAGCACCCUGGGGGCGGGGCCUGCGCUCAGCGCUGCUCAUCCAGCCGCUGCGGGACGAGGACUUUGCCCGGCCCUUUAACUGCACUGCCUGGAACCGCCACGGCGCUGCCUCCGCCGCCACCAGCCUGCGCCGCGCUGACGUCCUGCCCAUCACGAUCAUUGGGGCCUCGUCUGCUUCUGCCACCCUGGUGCUGGCCGUGCUGAUCGCCGUGGUCUCCGUGUGCUGCCGGCGUCGGUGCUGCCGGAAUGCCCAGAGGGGCACCAAGCUGUCGCCAACGGAUGUCCUGGUACAGAUCACCUCAGCCGACAGUAGCCCCGGGCGGCCCAGUGAGGACAAGGGGCCUCGGCGGCCUGUGGCCACCAGCAGUGAGUCCCCGGCCACCUCCCACACAGAGCACAGCGAGAUCCUGGAGGAUGACAAUGGGAGCCAGGACAUUAAGGACCCGACUAAUGGCUACUACAAGGUUCGAGCCCAUGAAGAGCCGCCCCUUGGGCCCAGCAGCUUCUCAGACUACUCACCAGCCCCGCCCACACUCUGUGCCCCGCCCCCUGGCAGCCUCUUCCCGGGCCAGGCCAAGCUGUACGACUAUGCCCACCGCUACACCCUGGGGGCACCGGGGUCCUCGCGGACAACCUUUGACCCCCAUGAGCGCCUCUUCCCACCAGACGGGGGUUACAGCGGGGGCUACCUCACAGCCCCCUACACCCGGGCCUUCACCAGCUAUAUCAAGCCAGGAGCCUAUGAGAAGGCCGAGAGCGGCUAUGAGGCCUCGGACCAGGCUAGCAAGGCCUCGGGCUGCUCCCGCCUCUCCUACACCUCUCUCUCACAGCAGUCAGACUAUGGGCGCCCGGCCCACCAGCGUAUGCAGACACACGUGUGACACCCGGUGAGGCCCAGUCCCCACCUGGCCAGCGGGGCAUGUAUACAAAAGCCCGUUGCCAAUGGCUGGGGGACAGCAUACUUGGUUGAUUCAAGAUGCCUGCUGUUGACUCUUAAGCCCUUUAGCCAUGGAUUCAAGGUGGCUGCUAUUGAGCCAAGAUGGCUGCUGUUGGCUACUGAGACCCCACCCAUGGACUCAAGGUGGCUGCCGUUACAUGAGCCCUAGCCAUCCAUUCAAGAUGGUUACCAUUGAAUCAAGAUGGCCACCAUUGCUACUGGAACCGGCAACCAUUGUUUUAAAAUGGCCAGCAGCACGACGGGUGGGGAUAUGAGCUGGUUGGCUGGGGAAAGGGUAUGGGAGUGGCUUCAAGAUGGCGGACAUGAUGGGUUCAGUACGGCAGGCGGGCUGAGCACCUGCCUCUGCGCUGCGGAAAGGGAGGAUCAGGUAGUUGGUUCAAGAAGCCCUUCUAGCAGACUUCGGGGUGAGCUCCCAUUCACUGGCGAAAAAGUGGAGCCAUUGUGUUAGACCAUGGUCAACGAGAUCGGUCCACGAAUGCUGACAGCUCAGGGAUAACCUUCAGUUGGUCGGGGAAGAAGCUAAGCACCGGUUUCAAGAUGGCCGAAGGGGGGGAAGGAGUCAAAAUGGCUCCCCCCCCUCCCCCAUUGGCUUGGGGAUAGGCCCGAGGGGCUAGGACCGGGUGAGUGUCAUG